AAAGGUGUUUCAUUUAAUCUUUCAAAGCUCUUCUCUUGUUGGGUUUUCUUCUUUCUUCUUUCUCCUGUCUCUCUUUCUCUUCUUGAGAAAGCAGGGGAUAAUAGCUCUAGACAACCUUUUUUCAUCCGGGUUUUGUGGGUUUCAGGAUAUUUGCACGGAAAUCCAUACGAGUCAUAAUGCAGGGACAAAGGGGUACUAUUGGUUCCUUGCCUGAAACCUUCUCUGAUCACAGCACUACAUCAAGUAAUGCUGCUAUUGAACAGCAGGUUUGCUGGAAUAAUGUUCAAAAUCCUAUAGAAAACAGAUUGCCUAAUUGUUUGCUGUCAUCUAGUGACUUGAACAUUGGAUAUGUGAAUUCUAUUGGUCGAGAGGAGCAGCCGGGUAGAUGGAGUUUGGGAGAGCCUAGCUCUAGUGGCACCAAAACUGAAGUAAGCUAUAAUGAGCAGAAAACGGAUCAUGGAUGGUCAUUGUCUAUGAGUGCUUCUGCAAAUGCUGGUCUGAGGUUGGAAGGGCAGAGGUAUGAACAGAGCUCUCUAUUUGCGCAAAGUUCCAAUUCUUAUGUAGUUCCCCAGAAUCAAAGUUUAAAUGAUGGAUUAGUUGGUCAUGAUGAUAAUAACUGUCAAGUUACAGAACGGUCUAAUCACUAUAAGCCUAGUGGAUCAGAAGGUGAGCAGAAUUCACUGGGUGCUGGUUCUGAAGCAUUUCUACUUUUGCCCGGAAUUGCUGGGCAUGUUGGGGAUGAUAAUGAUGACAAACCUGGAUGCUCGUAUGAGGGCCAUCGUGCAUCGUGCAAAAGAAAGGCUCUGGAAGGGAAUGUUGGGCAAUCCUCUUCUAGUGGAAGUAGUGCAGAAAGUAGUGCAUGGCAUGGAGUUUCUGCUAGCUAUACUGCAGGAAGCAAUGUGAAUAUAUCUCCCCACUCAAGACAGGCUCACCCUAGACUUGGAUUAGACAUUCGAGGAUCAGUAUCUGACAGCAUUCCUGAACCAAUUGUUUUACCACCGACUGCAGAAAGCUCACGCAGGAACUUCCGGCUGAGAAUAAAUCCUUCUAGUAUACAAGAACCUAUCGCCCGUUCACUAAUUUCUACAGGUGAUACAGUUAGGCAGUCUGUUGUUUCGUAUGCACCGCAGUCAUCAAGACUUCUUCCAAUCGAUGAUUCUCUGGAUUUAAGUUCAGCACCAAUUGUACCUAAUGUAAGUUCUGAAAACCCGAAUGUCGUAAUUAAUGUUCCAACUUUGCUUCGAAAUGGAGAUUCUGGCUCAAGAACUGGCAGUUCAUCAAACUCGAAUCUAUCACCUGAUAGAAAUGUUGUACCACGUGCAAGACACCAAUCAAGAAGCAUGGCCAGACACCAAUCAAGAAGCAUGGCCAGAAACCAAUUAGAUCAUCGUAUGUUGGUUCCUGCACCAGAACUAAGAACUUUGUUUAGAAAUCAUGGUUUAAGCAGUGGAAGUAUUAGUGCUCCUGGAAAUAUUGCUUUUACUUCCCACGCAGGUCCAAAUUCUGUUGCCAAUGCAACGUCUGCAUCUACCUGGGUUCCUCAUCCCAACUCCUCUUCACAAUACCCACGAAGAUUGUCAGAACUUGUUCGUCAAUCAUUAAUGUCUUCCUUUGGCACUGAAGCUGGAGGCCAGGACAAUCAUUCUUCACAUCCUUCAGGACCUACUGCUUUUCCGGAAGAGAUGUUGCUUUCCUCUCAAGCAGCUAAUCAGGGUCACCAUCGUUCAUAUCCUAGGUCAUUGCCAUGGUUGGAGAGACAAGAUGCUGGUUUGCUUGGAAUUCCCCGCUCAUUGCGAACUUUAGCUUUUGCCACUGAAGGAAGAAGCAGGCUUGUUGCAUCUGAGAUUCGCAAUGUCUUGGAUCUCAUGCGGAGGCGGGAGAACCUGCGGUUUGAGGAUGUCAUGAUCCUCGAUCAAACAGUACUAUUAGGGGUUGCUGAUAUUCAUGACCGGCAUAGGGACAUGCGGCUUGAUGUUGAUAACAUGUCAUAUGAGGAGUUAUUGGCUCUGGAAGAACGCAUUGGUAAUGUAAGCACAGGGUUGAGUGAAGAAACCAUAUUAAACCGUUUGAAACGACGAAGGCACUCUGGUGCACCAGGAGCUCAGUUGGAGGCUGAACCGUGUUGUGUUUGUCAGGAAGAAUAUAAUGAUGGAGAAGAUCUUGGGACACUGGAAUGUGGCCACGACUUCCAUGCUGAUUGCAUUAGACAAUGGCUGAUGCUCAAAAACUUGUGCCCCAUUUGUAAAACAACAGUUCAUCGGAACUAGAUGCCUUCAAAUGUGUGGAUAGGGGCCCAGCGGUUUUCAUUCUGAGAUCAUCAAUCCAUGGCACAUGAGCAUUAAAAUUUACUUCCAGUUAUGUCAAACAAGGCUCUUUCUGGGUGGAUGAAACAAAAUGUCUGAAGCACUGGGAACAAAGCUACUUUCAACAUUUUUCAUUUCCUAAGAGUUGUAUGUAUGAAUUUUUUACCAUUGGCGACAUAGAUUAUCGAAUACCUUUUACA